AUGAAGAGCACAAAGAGGAUGAAGACGGAGGCUCUGACGCUAAUGCAUUUAGACGGAAAAAGAAAAUACAUAGGCACAGGCAACAACAUUUACAGAAAAGUUGUUAUCAACCCAACGUCAGAAGAUGACUUGCAAAAAUUCUGUAGAAAUUAUUUUAGAAUAUAUAAUUUCUCUCUAUAUAACUUUAUCCGAAGACUGAUAUCGCUAGACGCGGUCAUCGUAUACUCGCUCUUCCUAACGGUUUAUGUAUUUUCCGAAAUUAGCCAAGGGAUAACGAAAAAGUUUAUUUUUAUGGAUACGGCCAUUUCUAUGUUUCUAAACAUUGCCAUUUUGGUGGUGACGGAAACUCUUUACGAGCUGAAGCAUCUGAAGGAUAUAAAGGAUGCGAAUUCGCAGUGCUACCUGAGGAUAGUGCCGAAGAUGUCUCACUUUGAAAAGGUCACAACCAAAGACAUAAAGGUGGGAGACAUUAUUAGAGUAUUCCAAGGCGACGAAUUUCCAGCAGAUGCCGUCAUCCUAUACGUUAAAAACAAUUUAAAUGCUAUGGUGGAUUCUUUUAAAAUUGAUGGAUUGUUUAGGAAGAGCAUUAAGUACCCAGUGGAUAAGUACAAAAUCGACAGGGAUUAUCUAAAAAUGCUGUCAGAAAUUAACGGGUUCAUUAGAUGCGAACUGCCUAACAAGAACAUAUUCUGUUUUCAGGGGAACUUCAAGUUGGACAAACACCCGAGGUCGUUGAUGCUAAGCUAUGAGAACUUCGCUCUGCAAUCAUCCAUCCUGAAAGGGGCAGAAUACAUCGACGCAGUGGUCGUAUACACCGGAGCUGACACAAAAAAAAAUUUAAAUAUUCCCCAAAAAACAGAAGAAAGCAGAACAUUCUGUAUAAAAAUGAACAACGUAGUGUACUACUUAAUUUUCAUGUAUUUCUUUUUUGUCCUCCUGAGUAUUAUAAUAAAGCUGACGUUAUAUCGCACACGUGAGUUUCACCAGAAGACGAAUGAUACCUUCUUAACCGUUUUGGAGGACUUCAUUGGGCUAUACAUUUUGGUGCUUCCGAUAAUGAUUUACUCGGAGAAGAGCCUUAUAUAUAUCAUCCAGAGUUUGAAAAUAGGUGCGUCUAAAAUGGGUGAAAAUAGACCUAAAAACGACCUGCGAAUGAAGGAAGGCCCGAACGGUGAGAAGCCAAAGGUUUUUAAUAAAAACAAGAAUGAUGCACUAGGGGCUGUGGACCUGCUGGCAACAGCUCGAAAUGGUAUUCUUGUGAAGAAGAAGGAACUGUUUGUGUCAUGCGCCGUGAACAACGUUGUGUAUGCCAAAGGUGACUUUGUCUAUUCGGGCGGGGAGUUCCGCUUGCCCACGUUGAACAUCCUGGACGGCGAAAGAAGGAACGUGGCAGAGCUUUUAAACCUGGACGAAAGAAUUUUCAAGGACCCCGAGAACGUGCUCUUGCCGUCGAGGGACUUGGGGCUUUUCCUGAAAAUAUUCCAGAACCGCAUCGCUCCCAUUUACAACCCGUUCGUGGAUGACUUGUCGAUGGUGUUGAGGGAGAAAUAUAGGAGUUACUUGAAGGAGGAAAUUUUGAACAAGAGCGUGAAGCUCACGCCGUUCGUAAAGUCUAAACUAAAUGGGGGCUACAACCGUAGGGCAGGAAUGAGCCAAUUUUACGAGAACUUCAAGAACAACUACAACUGCAAAGAGGUCAUAGAAGACGCGCAGAGAGGGGAGGACCAGGCGGACAAAAUAGAAGAGUUCAUUCUUGGAAUAUGCGGAUGUAACCGAGUCAUUAUCUACAACGAAAAGUGUCUAGACAUGGGAAUGAAGGAAUAUAAGAGUGAAAGUUACAAUGACGCAUAUGUGAAGUAUGAGAAGGAAAACACCCAUGAAAUGGAAAAUGAGAAAAAUGAUAAACAUGCAGAAAAAGCUGAUGAAGAAAAUUUCCACACGAUUGAAUAUGAAGAUAUAUGCUUGUAUAACAUUGUGAAGAAUAUAGGGUAUCAAGUAUACUGCUAUAAGAACAGAUUAUUUUUUUAUAAUUUAAAAAACGAAUGCCACGAAUACCAUUUGAUCUGUUUUCAUGAUUUCUUGAAGAGCAAUAAAUUCUCCAUGUGUAUUUUAAAAGACAUAAAGGAGUUAGACAAAGGUAUCCUCUACGUGCGUGGCUACGACUUCAACAUUCUUCCCUACUUAUCGCUAGCCAAAAAUGACAUAAAUAAAAUAAAAAAAAUUAUAAAAAUGUACACCAUGAAUUAUUUGAAGGUUAUUCUGAUCUGCAAGAAGGAGAUUAAAAAUGAGGACAUUGGAAAAUAUCUCCUUCUGAAGAGCAUCCGGAAUAGCAACAACAGCAGGUUGUCCUUCAGAUUCUACGAUUUAAUGAAAAUGUUUUUAUUUAACGAUUUAGAAGUAGUUGGGAUGAUUGGAUUGAAGAACGACUUGAAGGAAGGGGUGGAGGAAACUUUUCUCGACUUGGCCAAAUUUGACAUCCGCUCGUGGAUAUUUACCAAUGAGUAUUCCAAGGACACUUACUUGACAGCACUAGAAUGUAAUUUGAUUGCCUCCAAUUCGAACUUAUUUGUAAUUAACUUUUUUAAUCCACAGGAGAAUGAAGCGGGGGAAUGCACACAAAAUGUGGACAACACGGACAGUGCGAACAGCACCAACAAUGUGCAGAAGGAGGAACGUGAUGACAGCAUGGAUACCAUGGCCAAUGCUCUGUUCAACAAUUUUACCCUCUCCCUGGAUAAACUCAACUCUACGUCUUACGCCAUCGCAAUAAACGACGCUAGUAUAAAAAAUAUAAUGAGCAAUGCGCACGCCAUGAAAAUGUUCCUUUGCAUAGCCAUGCGAGCUACGGUCGUUUUGUUUUGCAAGAUGGAUAAUGAGACCAAGGGAAAAAUUAUAAAAAAAGUGCUCUCCCUAACUACCCCCAGAUUGACCAUCCUAGGGGUGGGGUCGAAUCUAAAUGACGCCUAUCUACUGAAGAACACCACAAUCAGUGUGUGUCUAAAUUUGAACGAGCGGGUCAAUGUGCUCUAUAGCAUAUCGGAUUACGUUCUGCAGGAGUUUAGGUACAUUAUCGACCUGCUUAUUCUGGGACGGCUGAACAAAAUUUCGCUCAGCCGGUCCUUCCUCUGGAUAAUAUACCUAAAAAUCACCAUCGUCUCGCUGUACUUUUUCCACAACUUCGAUAAUUUCUUCUCCGGGUCGUCCACCUCGUCCAUCUUGUAUACCCAGACGACUUUUGCCGUUUUUCAUUAUUUGCUCAUUAUAGCAUUUUCAGCGUACGAAAUAGAUUUGCCCUACAAGUUUAUCAGGAGCGUCCCCUACAUCUAUCAGUUUGCCAGAAGGAAGUACAUCCUAAACAACACGAUAAUAAUUUUAACCAUCCUGGAAGCCAUGCUGAUUUCGCUGAUCUCGUACUACAUCAUGAAGGUGCACGUGUUCCCCCUGAUAUCACAUCGAACAUUCACCUUCCACAUAUUCAUCCUGAAUUUUUUUAUAACGUCAGAGAAGAUUUUGCUGCUCUCCAGAACAUGGCACUUGUACUUCUUCAUCCUGGCAGUUCUUAUCAUCUGCUUCCUAUUUAUAUACGUAAAUGUGUACACCUUAUUUGACUGUUUGAAAAUAGGGAAGUGUGAAUUGAGUCUGUUCCACACGGAGGACUGCUACUUUUGGCUGUCUCUUCUUCCCAUUUUGUAUAUAAACUUUUUCAUAGACAAGGCGGCCAAGUUUAUCAUCAACAGAAUUUACCCUGACAUAGCAGACUACUUCCGGGAGAACGUACUGAAGAGAGACCAGAAAAAGUCCACAAAGGAGAACACAACAGAGGAUAACAUAAGUGGUAAUGUAAAGGACAGGGCGCAUGGUCCACUCAACCCGGAAGGGAAUGCAAAUUUGAAAAAAUUCAUCCCGACGCCGAAGCAAUAUAGCAUAAGAGAUAACAACACGUACUACAGCAGAACGAAGAAGACCAAAUUCAUCUACGAGACGUUUAGAAAAGUUAUAGGCAUAAACAUAAAGUACCGAAAUCAGCAGUUAAACUUGGAAUAUAACACAUACGAAAAGAGAAACAAGCUAAAAUUGAGGACGAUAGGAAUUGUCUUAUUUGCCAUUUUUUUUAUAAUAUUUUUUGUACAAGCGGUUGUUUCGAAAUGUACGAAGAGUGUAAGAUUUUCGCUAACCGCUUUGACGUAUUUUUUAAUCCUGUACUACUUCUUCGUGACGAUUUGGAUGGUUUAUAUAAGGCUACGGAACAGGUCCAACUCGACGCUCUUCUUUUUUAUUGGAAAAUUGGUACUCAUAUUUGGAUUCAUCUUGGAGCUGUAUGAGAAUGUAAGUAACGACAUCAUCAAUAUGUUGGUAGUGUACUCCUUUACCGUUUCGUACAUUUUUUUUCUUUCGUUCAAAAUAUUAGAAGGGAUAAUAAUAUGCACCCUCGUGUUGGUAUUAACCUGUUGGGUGUACUACGAGAAGAACAGAGCGUUAGGUUCUAUGUGUGCGAAAUUUUGCGAAAAUCCGUAUCUGAGUUUACACCACUUGGAGGAGGUUAAUAUUUCAUGUCUGUGCAAACAACAAAUAGUGACCUUCAUCAUUUGCAUACUAAGCUUCACCUUCAUUUGCCUUUCCAUGAAAUAUUACGAAAUUUACUACCUAAAAAAGAAGUUUCUAUUUAGAUAUAAACAGAAGGUUAAUUUAACCAAGCAGAUUGAAAUAUUGCAUACAAUGCUACCUAGCUUUUUGGUAGAAUACCUACUCAUAAGCGACCCCAAGGCCGAUGGGAUAAUGGUUGGCAAGAAUAUAUCUGGAGAGGAUAGAGGAAUAAUAUCCGUAAUUUUCUGCGACAUUGAUGAUUUUCAAAGUAUGGUUUCGACAUUGCAGCCACAUGCCCUUGUAGAAACGUUAGACAAUUUAUACCUAUAUUUUGACAAGUGCAUAAAGUAUUUUAACUGCAUUAAGAUUGAGACGGUGUUUGAAUCUUACCUGGCUGCCUCAGGAUUGAGUGAAAAGCAGAAUGACUGCGUGCACAAAAUUAAGUAUGACACGAGGUGCGCCAUCAAGCUUGCCAUCGCGCAGCUCAGCGCUAAAUAUUACAUUUCGUAUAAGGUGCUGGAUGGGGGGAAGAAUAACGUGGGAAGUGACCACAUCCAGCAUAGCAGUAGUUAUACGCUGCCAGUGCAAAGCGGGGAAGAUACCCAAUAUGAUAGGUAUACUCAGAAAAAUAUUAGCUUACGUAUUGGCAUACACACGGGAAAAGCUAUCAGUGGCGUCAUCGGGUCGGUCAAACCGCAGUAUUCACUCUUUGGAGACACAGUCAACACGGCGUCUAGAAUGAAGUCCACUGCACUUACAGAUCAUAUUCACGUGUCCUACGAUACGUAUAAAUAUCUAGAGGAUGACACGUCCCUGGUGUGGAAGGAGCGCAAGAUGUUUAUUAAGGGAAAGGGGGAAAUGAGAACCUACUUGUUGGUCGACAUUUUGGACCAUGUGAAGAAAAUCGAGGAGAAUUCGGACGUGGGAUUUUCAAGCUCCACGCUGUUUGGGAAGGCGGACGAGGGGAUGGAAGAGGAACACAUAGAUAGUGGCGUCGUGGAAGAUGCCUAUGUGGGGAAACGGCGGGCGAUGCAAACCUCCCACAGGGAAGAUGAUCUCCCCAUGCAGGAUGCAACGGAAAAGUUGCACCCGAAAAAAAAGAAGCAGAAGGAACGGCGGAUUAGAGGAAAUGCACACCAAAUUGAUGCCCGAAGUACACUAAUUGAAGAGAUACUGGAUGUGUACGAAAGGGGAAGCGAUUCUUCUAGGAAAGACAACUGGUACUAUUACAACAAAGCAGACAACGCAAGUGACAGUAUGAAAAGUAAUGACUUCCCUACGUAUUCAAGAGCGUUUAACUAUAGGAAAUCCAAGUAUCUUAGUUUGGAUAAGCUAAAAUUAGCAGACAGCGUGCGAAGAAACAAUUUAAACGACUUCGAAUCGCCAGUAGGUUUAAGAAAGGAAAUUGCUGGGGGGACAAAAGAGUCGGAUGAAUUUUUUACAUCCCCUUAUGUAGAAGAGGAGCACCAGAUGGAGGGUAUCAAAAAGGUGAGAAGGAGUGAAGCCGUUGUGAAAAAACAUUCCUCCGAGUUUAUGCACCAAUUUGAUACACCAGAUGGGGUUAUAAAGAACUACAUAAAGGAGAGGAGGAACUACCAGCGUAAAUUUUACGCGCCCCAUUUUUAUCUUGGAGACAUACUUAAACAAUCUAAUGAGUUAAAAAAGGGGGAGAAGAAGAAAAAGGCAAAGAGGGAAGAACAAGCAGGUAAACGGAAGGGAACACACGAAGAGGGUGUGUCCUACAAUUUUGUCAAUGGAAGCUUCUCAUCCAACUGGGAAUACUCCACAGAAUCGGAGUUCUACUUGUAUGAUGAGAAAUUAAGGCAGAGCAAAGGGUACAUAAAUUUUGACGAUCUGUUUACCAAAAUAUACAGGAAAAAGAGGAACAUCCUCCAAGGGGAUAUUCAGCACAUUCCCAGGCAGGGAUUCCUCUUCCCAAAAAAUAAUGCAAUAAAAGGGGGAAAAAGAAAAAAAAAAAAAUUGCGAGGAAAGGGGGAACUCUCAUACGAUGUUGCACAAAAUGGCGGAUCAAAAAGUGGGACGCGCAGACAAUUUUUUCGUCACUGGAAGCACCAAGCAGAAAGGAAGGACGAAGACACGGCUACCAAAAUUUGCAAUGACACUUUUUGUGAAGACGCGCGGAAUGGUUUCCCUCAUUCGAGCGACAGCAGGGGGGAGGAGGAGGAUCAGGGAAGGGGUUUUACUCAUGAUGCCCCCCUGCCUAGACGAGCCAGCAGCUGUUUGCUAACAAAGCGGGAUGAUCACUUUCCUGAUGCAAAAAAAUGGAAGAGCGUAAGAAAUGUCAAAAGGGAAAACUUGGAACGAACGGCCCGAAUGAGCGGUGGCGAACAGGUCGAACAGGAGAAAGACAGAACGGGCUGCGAAAAGAAGCACAGGAGAAGUGUUGCGUCCAGUGGUGGGGACGUUACGCAAAAUAGACAGGCCCAUAAAAGAAGGAGGCAUAGAUUCUUACGGGAGGAGGUUCUUCUGGGCGCCGCCAUGGGGAGCAACAUACCCUCACUCGAAAAGGAAGAACGCACAAAAAGGAAAAAAAAAAAAAAAAAAUCGAGAAAAAAUGCAACGCGGGUGAAGCAGCGUCAGGAUCAAGAGAACCGCCCAACGAAGUUCGAUGAAAACGAUUUGCUGAAAAAGAAAGAGGUAAAUUUUGACAGGGUGGAGCAGGCAGGCCGUGUAGAAUCUUCCGCUGUUGAGAUCGGAUCUCGGGUAAGAGACGACAAUGCGCAUAGGGAGGCCCCCCCAGGAAGGUCACACGAUUCCACUGUGGAGCGUGGAAAAGUUGAAAAAUCAAAACUGCAGAAGAAAAAAAUGGUGCAAAAAAAAAUAAGCUUUUACAGCUUGAAGGAUGAGAGGAGUUUGAGCUCGGGGGGCCUCGGGGGUGAGAGCUCCUGCGCUUUGAAGUCGAACGAGACGAACAGCGGUCCGAACGGGGGACCACCACACAGUUCCGCAAAGAAGGAGUACUUUUUCACCUAUAGCCCCGCGGUUAAGAAGAAGAAGGGUGUGUUAACAAAGGUGAAUCAUGCGUUUAGAAAGUACUUCAAAAGCAUGGACAUGAGUGAGCGAGGGAGUCCGUCUGGGCAUGCGCGCACAGGGGAGUUGACUAGAGGAGACCAGUCAUUACCCAGUGGGGGUCCACAUAGGAGUGAAGAACGGAUGAAGACAAGCAUAACUACAAGCAACAAGAAUGUCAACUUCGCCCACAAGUUUGACAACUAUAAUAAAAAUAAGCUUCUAAAAAAAUUGACAUCUACCCUUGAAGUGGGGAAAAAAAAAGUGAGCAUUUUUAACAGGUUUUAUUACAAAUUUAAUGAUGAAGAGUUGGAAGAAGAAUACACACGAGGGUACUACCGAGAAAUAAUUAACAUUGACUUGACUAAAAAACUAAUAAUAAUAUUUAUCAUAUCGGAAAUGAUCAUAAGUUUAUGUAACGUGAUAGAAUUAUCCUACUAUGAUCACAAGCUGAAAGUAAACGAUUUUAUUGUAAUAAUUUGGCUAAUAAGAUGUAUUUACCUAUUUAUAAUAACAUUCAUAUGGUUGUUACUGAAAAUUAAGUUGAAGGAAUAUAAGAAGAAUUCUAGCAAGAUGAUGUGGACGGUUUUUAUUUUAAACAUUUUCCUCUCCUCAUGGUGUAUUAUCAUUAUGGACCUGUCGUGUAUCCAUUAUAGUAACCUUGUUGGAAAUUUGAGCACGAGAUCUUUAUUCUUUAUGAAAGACGCAACUGAACUGAUCAUUUGCAUGCAGUUGAUAUUUAUUAAGAAUAUGUUAUUUAAACAUAAGUUUUUUUUUUUUGUGUUUUUUUUCGUUUUUCUGAUUUAUUCUUUUUCGAAAUUGUUUGAAAUACAUUUGUGUGAAAUAAGAAUAUGCUCCAGCAUCCUCCUAAUUCUUUUCAUCAACAUUUUAUAUUUUUGGUACACUGAAUAUUUAGACAGGACCCAAUUUUUAGUUAAGAGGAAAAGGAACCGGAUGGAGAAAACGUCACAUGACUUUUUAACUAGGAUAUUGCCGAGACAAGUUUUGGAAGAAUACCAAAAUGAUAAUUUACAGUUAACCUACAGUCAUGAAAAAAUCGCUUUUCUAUUUGCCGACAUUGUAGGGUUCACGAGGUGGAGCAAAACUGUUCCUCCGAAGGAUGUGUUAAAAUUAUUACAAAAAUUAAUAUCCAAGAUAGACAAGGAUACUAUAAAAUUGGGACUGUACAAACUUUUCACCAUUGGGGAUGCCUACGUUGCCACUAGCCAACCCAACUCUUCCAUCACAGAUGAGCGUGAAGCUGUCGAUGGGAUAUUGAACAUUUUUAAGCUAGCUAAACUGAUUCUACAUAAUAUUAACACUAUUAAAAUUCAGUUUAACAAGCACGAUUUUAACAUGAGGAUCGGUUUGCACUACGGAUCCUGCGUGGGGGGCAUCAUCGGGUCGGUCAGAAUUAGGUACGACAUGUGGGGCCUGGAUGUUCUCAUAGCUAACAAGAUAGAAUCGAAUGGAAUUCCUGGCGAAAUUAUCUGCUCCGAGCAGUUCAAGAGCUUCUUCCUGGAGCAUGAGCCGCAAGCGAAACUCAACUUUUGGUACUACAAAACAAUCUACAUAAGCGACAAAGAUGUGAAGCUGUACGUCAUAGAGGACAAGAACUAUGAGGAGGACUAUGACCCUAAGACGACCGACUAUGAGACGUUGUUAAAACUGCGCGAGAAAAAGGCAAAAGGUGGGCCACCCAACUGCAUGGAUAAAUGA